CUGAGAUUGCGCCACUGCACUCCAGCCUGGGAGACAGAGUGAGACUCUGUCUCAAUAAAUUAAAAUAAAGAAAGAAAGUCAGGAGGUUACUUUGAGCCCCAAGUGGGAACAAGGAUUCCACAGGAGCCUCUACACUGGGGUGACCUUGCACCAGGGAGAGGACAAAGGCACAGGCUCCUCCUCUCAGCAUGAAGCAAAGGCAUUUGCAGCAGGGUGGGGACAGGAGGGAAGUCAGUCAGGAAUGAGGACAGGGAGAGAGAGGGAGUGAGCACAGUCAGCAGCCCCUCCCCCCUCCCUGGCUCCCAGGGGCACCAGGGCCCCUGAGGUGUUUUCUGCCAGCUGGUGUUUGCCUUGGUGGAAAUGAAAAGCACCCAAAAGAUGAGGGCAGGGUGCAAAGGGGAGGGAGCAGGUGGAGAGAGGGAAGCCCAGGACUGGGUAUCAGGUUGGAGGGUCCAAUAGACACUGGGAAGGGGUCGGGGUGAGAGUGUCUAUCAGGACGCAGAGCAGAAAGGAGACACUGCGUGGCACUCACCCUCCACAGAGCGGGAAGGUUGAUGAAAGGCGUGUUGACCGAGGCCUGCAAUCCAAGGACAAGAAGUGACUGGAGCAGUGCCUCCACCUGAGCCCAAGGUUGAAAUAGAGCCCCAGCCCACACCAGUCAGGGAUGAAAUAAAGCCACCGCCGCCACAUCACCAUGUGCCCCGGGAGCUGACUGUGGGCAUCAACGGAUUUGGACGCAUCGGUCGCCUGGUCCUGCGCGCCUGCAUGGAGAAGGGUGUUAAGGUGGUGGCUGUGAAUGAUCCAUUCAUUGACCCAGAAUACAUGGUGUACAUGUUUAAGUAUGACUCCACCCACGGCCGAUACAAGGGAAGUGUGGAAUUCAGGAAUGGACAGCUGGUCGUGGACAACCAUGAGAUCUCUGUCUACCAGUGCAAGGAGCCCAAACAGAUCCCCUGGAGGGAUGUCGGGAGCCCCUACGUGGUGGAGUCCACAGGCGUGUACCUCUCCAUAGAGGCAGCUUCGGACCACAUCUCAGCAGGUGCUCAACGUGUGGUCAUCUCCGCGCCCUCGCCGGACGCACCAACGUUCGUCAUGGGUGUGAAUGAAAACAACUAUAACCCUGGCUCCAUGAACAUUGUGAGCAACGCGUCCUGCACCACCAACUGCUUGGCCCCCCUUGCCAAGGUCAUCCACGAGCGAUUUGGGAUUGUGGAAGGGUUGAUGACCACAGUCCAUUCCUACACGGCCACCCAGAAGACAGUGGAUGGGCCAUCAAGGAAGGCCUGGAGAGAUGGGCGGGGUGCCCACCAGAACAUCAUCCCAGCCUCCACUGGGGCUGCGAAAGCCGUGACCAAAGUCAUCCCAGAGCUCAAAGGGAAGCUGACAGGGAUGGCAUUCCGGGUACCAACCCCAGAUGUGUCUGUUGUGGACCUGACCUGCCGUCUCGCCCAGCCUGCUCCCUACUCAGCCAUCAAGGAGGCUAUAAAAGCAGCAGCCACGGGGCCCAUGGCUGGCAUCCUUGCCUACACUGAGGAUGAGGUCGUCUCUACGGACUUCGUCGGUGAUAGCCACUCGUCCAUCUUCGAUGCUAAGGCCGGCAUUGCGCUCAAUGACAAUUUCGUGAAGCUCAUUUCAUGGUACGACAACGAAUAUGGCUACAGUCACCGGGUGGUCGACCUCCUCCGCUACAUGUUCUGCCGAGACAAGUGAAACGGAAAGGUCCCUCCUUUCCUUCCCAGGGGCCAGGGACGGAACAUGUGCCUCCCGUUCCUGCAUCUGGCUGCCCGGGGGAGGAAGGGCACCCGGGGCGGACGCCCCACGCCGCUGGGUCCAUGGUGAAAUAAAAAACAGUGCUCA